UCUAUAUAUCGUUCCCAUCUCUUCUAUUUCCUUCGCUUCUCUCUCUCUAUCUCUCUCUCUCUCUCUCUCUCUCUCUCUCUUUCUUCUCAACCUCACCAACACAGCACAGCCUCGUGUGAAAUUAUUUCUUGCCUUGCGCCGAUCUAUUCACAGGUCACAAUCUACCGGUGCAACUUAAGAAAAUUAAAAAUCAGGUACUGCAGGCUGUGAAAGCUAGAUACUAAUUAGAUCGCUCAUUCGAAGAAAGAGAAACCAUAGUACUAGUACUAAUUUUAUUAGGGGGAUUUGAUCUAAUAUAAUAUGAUUUGACGAUUUAAUUAACCGCAGAAGUUGCCUUGGUGUGUGAGGGACAAGAGAGAGAGAGAGGAAAGGAGAGAGAGGGAUCGGAAAAGAUGUCAUCAUCAUCGAAUUCGCCGUGCGCGGCGUGCAAGUUUCUCAGGCGAAAAUGCACGCAGGAGUGCGUGUUCGCACCGUACUUUCCGCCGGACAACCCUCAGAGGUUCGCUUACGUGCACAAGGUUUUCGGGGCCAGCAACGUGGCCAAGCUUCUCAAUGAACUCAGCGCCUCGCAGCGAGACGACGCCGUAAAGUCCCUCGCUUACGAGGCCGAGGCUCGUCUCAGGGACCCCGUCUACGGCUGCGUGGGCCUCAUCUCCGUCCUACAACACAGGCUCAGGCAGAUCCAGGUGGAACUCAACAAUGCAAAGAAGGAACUCGCAACAUACAUCGGUCCCCAAGCUUUUCAAGGCUUACCAGCCCCCAUUCUCCAGCAGCACCCAAACAAUCCUUUUUCCGGUUCCCUGUAUGGGAGUAUGGCGGGGGUGACGGCAGCCACUCACGGUGGGCAGCUGAUGAUUCGCGACGGCCAGUCGCCGCAGCAGCAUCAGAUCUUGGAGGCCCAGCAGUUGGCUGCGGCUGUGGCGGCGAGGGAGCAGCAGGAGAUGUUCAGGGGUUACGAGCAUCAACAGCAGCAGGAGUUUCUUAGGUUCAGUGGUGGGUUCGAUGUGGGUUCUGCUUCUUCUGCUGGUGGGUUCAGCCAGAUAUCCCCAGCUGCUGCUUCCGCUGAUCAGUUGUCUCCUUCGUUGGCUUUGGGAUCCUUCGAUAACCCUUAUCACAUGCAGCAGCCACAGCAAGGAGAGCCUCAUCCUCACAACAUUCCUUUCGAGGCUCAGCUUCUGCUCCCUCCCCAGCAGAAGCAAUCGCCGCAACAAAGCCAGCAGUCCCAACUGCCCCUUCACCAGCCACAGUCUGAAAGCGAGGAGUGUAGGAGUCUUGGUCCAUCCUGUUGAUUUCCAAUUUUGCAGCUCGAGCCUCUGUGCUUUUCCUCCAACAAUUUUCAGCCUAGUUCUUACCUGCCGGAUAUAAAUGGAUAGUAAGAGAGAGAUAGAGAGAUGCAAAGCAGACAUGUGGGAUUCAUAAUCCGCUACGGUUUGCUUAGCUUUUAAAGGAGACUACCAAGCUAGACACAAUUUUAGAAAGUAAGAUCUUCACUGAUCUUAAGGAUCUGUUGUUUUUUUCUUCUUUCUUUCUUUUUUUUAAACAAAUUUAAAGCAGUGGCUAUAUUUAAUUUCUUUUCUUUUUGUCAAAAACUAAAUUGUAAAUCAGAAUUCAGAAUGUUUUUUUUUAAAGGCCUCAUCGAUUGUGUU